AUGGGAAAGAAACAGAAGAAAUCCGGGGAGGACAGCACUAAAGAUGACGACAUCGAUGCUUUGGCUGCAGAGAUUGAAGGUGCUGGAUCCUCAAAGGACUCAAAAGGGAAGAAGAAGAAAAAGGGAGCCAAGAAGGAUGACUAUGAUGAGGAUGACAUCCUUAAGGAGCUGGAGGAAUUAUCCUUGGAGACACAUGGCAUGCAGGGAAUGAAAGAUGACAUUGCAGUGGAAGAUGUUGUUGAGCCUCCUAAAGCAGAGAAGAAAAAAACCAGGAAGGGGAAGGCACAGGGUGCCAGCCCUGAUGAAGUGGAGAGCAAUAUAGCAGAAGGUCCUGAUGACGAGCUGAGGAAUGGACAGCAGAAUAAGGUGGGACCUACUGCUCUGUCUGACUCUGAUGAUGAAAGCGGCUCACGUUCUCGUUUGAAGACCAAAAAAGGCAAGAAAGCUACCAAGAGAUCUACUGGCUCUGAUGAAGACGAGGACGACAGUGCAGCUAGAAAAGACAAAGAGGUUGAUUCAGAUGACGACGAGGAAUUCAGCUCUCGGAGAGAUAGAAAAAAUAAGAACAAAGGGAAAGCUGCGAAGAGUGAGGAUGAGGACCAGCAAGAGGAAGAUGGCAACUUUAAAAUGAAAACAGCAGCCCAAAAGAAGGCAGAGAAAAAGGAGCGAGAUAAGAAGAAAAAAGAGGAGGAGAGGCUCAAGCAAAGGAAGCUGAAGGAGAAGGAGGUCAGCACAGAUGCAAAAAAAGAACCAGAGAAGACUACAGAGGCCACACCCCCACAGGUGCUCCCUGUUGCGGACUUAGAUGUGGAUGAGCAGGAAGGAGUAGAGGCGGCAGGUGAUGACGACGGUGACAAGAAGAGAAAGGACAAGAAGAAGAAGAAAGGAGAGAAAGAUGAGAAGGAGAAGAAAAAGGGUCCAAGCAAGGCCACGGUGAAAGCCAUGCAGGAAGCUCUGGCCAAGAUGAAGGAGGAGGAGGAGCGCGCCAAGAAGGAGGAGGAGGAGCGGAUUAGAAGGCUGGAAGAGCUGGAGCAACAAAGGCUGGAGCAGGAGCGUCUUGAGCAGGAGCGCAAGGAAAAAAAGAAACAGAAGGAGAAGGAACGGAAAGAGCGUCUGAAGAAAGAGGGCAAAUUGAUGACCAAAUCCCAGAGGGAGGCACGGGCUCGGGCCGAGGCGACGCUCAAAUUGCUCCAGGCUCAAGGUGUGGAGGUGCCAUCCAAAGACUCUGUGCCAAAGAAGAAACCUGUUUACAUGGACAGGAGAAAGAAGAAGCCGAUUGCUCAAACUCCAGAAGAAACAUCUUCAGUGACCUCACCGAUUUCAGAGACGGCAGAACCUGUUGCCCCGGAGCCCGAGGCGGUGACACAACCUCCAGAGCCAGAGGUCAAGGGAGAUUUUGCUGUGGAUGAUUGGGAGGCUAUCGCCAGUGACGAGGAGAAAGCAGAGUUGAAAAAAGUACACAUUGAGGUGAAAGAGGAGCCCAUCAGCCAACCUCAGCCAACUGUCAGCGAAGAGGAGGAGGAGGAGGAGGAAGAAGAGGAAGAUGAUGAGGACGAUGAGGAGGAAGAGGAGGAAAGCGAGGAAGCGCAGGAGGAAGAAAUAGCAAAGGAGGCUGCUGUAGGCCAAGGGAAGAAGCAGCAGGCAAAGGAGAGUGAAGACGAGAGCAGCGAGAGCGAGGAUGAUGAUGAUGACAGGACCAAAGACGAGCGUCUGUACGACCGAGCUAAGAGGCGGAUUGAGAAACGGAGAGCGGAAAAUCUCAAGAAUAUCGACACAAACAGGCUGAGAGCACCGGUUGUGUGCGUGCUUGGUCACGUCGAUACAGGGAAGACGAAAAUCCUUGAUAAGCUGCGACGCACCAACGUUCAGGAUGGGGAGGCAGGAGGAAUCACCCAGCAGAUUGGAGCCACAAACGUCCCUAAAGAGACGAUUGAAGAGCAAACAAAGAUGGUGAAAAAUUUUGACAGAGAAGGCAUGAAGAUUCCUGGCAUGUUGAUCAUCGACACCCCAGGUCACGAGUCGUUCAGCAACUUGAGGAACCGAGGUAGCUCCCUAUGUGACAUUGCCAUCCUGGUGGUGGACAUCAUGCACGGUUUGGAACCUCAGACUAUCGAGUCCAUAAACCUGCUGAAGGAAAAGAAGUGUCCCUUUAUUGUGGCGCUCAACAAGAUUGACCGUUUAUACGACUGGAAGAGAAGUCCUGAGACUGACGUCUUGGCAACGCUUAAGAAACAGAAGAAAAACACCAAGGACGAGUUUGAUGAGAGAGCAAAGGCCAUCAUUGUGGAGUUUGCUCAGCAGAGUCUCAACGCCUCCCUGUUCUACGAAAACAAGGACCCCAGGACGUUUGUGUCGUUGGUUCCCACGUCAGCUCACAGCGGCGAUGGAAUCGGAAAUCUCAUUGCGCUUCUAGUCGAGCUGACGCAGACCAUGUUGGCCCGACGGGUCGCGCAUUGUGACGAGCUUCGAGCUCAGGUCAUGGAGGUGAAAGCUUUGCCUGGCAUGGGCACCACUAUAGACGUCAUCCUGAUCAAUGGGCGCCUACGUGAAGGUGAGACCAUCAUUGUCCCUGGAGUGGACGGACCAAUUAUCACACAGAUUAGAGGGCUGCUCCUGCCGCCUCCUCUAAAGGAGCUCCGGGUCAAGAACCAGUAUGAGAAGCACAAAGAGGUCUCAACAUCUCAGGGUGUGAAGAUUCUGGGCAAAGACUUGGAAAAGACGUUGGCGGGGCUCCCCCUGCUGGUGGCGCACAAAGACGACGAAAUACCUGUUUUGAGGGAUGAACUUAUCCAUGAGCUCAAACAAACUCUAAGCUCCUUCAAGCUGGAGGAGAAAGGGGUUUACGUGCAGGCAUCCACGCUGGGAUCACUCGAGGCUCUGCUAGAGUUUCUGCGCACAUCCAAAGUACCCUACGCUGGAAUUAACAUUGGUCCUGUCCACAAGAAGGACGUGAUGAAGGCUUCAGCCAUGCUGGAGCACGACCCCCAGUACGCUGUGAUUUUGGCGUUUGAUGUGAAGGUGGAACGGGAUAGCCAGGAAAUGGCCGACAGCUUCGGCGUCCGCAUUUUCUCCGCGGAAAUCAUCUACCAUCUUUUUGACGCCUUCACCAAGUACCGCGACGACUACAAAAAAUCCAAACAGGAAGAGUUCAAACAUGUAGCAGUAUUUCCUGUGAAGAUUCGUGUACUUCCGCAAUUUAUAUUCAACUCAAGAGAUCCAAUUGUAAUGGGUGUCUCUGUGGAAGCGGGCAUCCUUCGGCAAGGGACACCACUCUGCGUUCCCAGUAAAGGGUUUGUGGACAUCGGUAUCGUCACCAGCAUCGAGAUCAACCACAAGACUGUGGACAUCGCUAAGAAAGGUCAAGAGAUCUGUAUCAAGAUCGAACCCAUUCCCGGCGAGUCGCCCAAGAUGUACGGCCGCCAUUUUGAGGCCACCGACAUUAUUGUCAGCAAGAUCACACGGGCAUCCAUCGACGCGCUGAAGAACUGGUUCCGGGAUGACAUGCAGAAGUCGGACUGGCAGCUGAUCAUGGAACUGAAAAAGACCUUUGAAAUCAUCUGA